GGAGUGGCUUAGGGACAAGUCUCUGAAUGUCGUUGGGUGUCCCAGCCAGAGCCCAGACUUGAACCCGAUCUAACAUCUGUGGAGAGACCUGAUGAUUAACGUGAGAGACCUGAUGAUUAAUGAUGAUUAACAUGUUUACAUUGUGCCAGGGGCUUAGCUAGCUACAUUAGUAGCUAAGUAGUCAGGUCUAAGUAUUUUUUAAGUAUUUUUAGUAGCUGAGUAUUUUUUAUAAGUGAGGCAUGUUUAUAAAUGCUUUAGAAAUCAGAAAAUAGCAAUGACAGUACAAUGACUGCAUAGAAUUCAUAGACCUUAUAAUGUUGGUGUUAUAGAUCAGCGUGGCAAACUGCACAGGUAUGCAGGCUUCACAUGCUCGUGAGAAAUAGGAAACUGGGAAGUGGUAAGUCAGACAUGAUUGUGUUCAAGUGCUUUUGAAGUCGGACAUUUUAGCUAGCUUGAUAAAGUUGCUAACAUUGCUAAUAAUAAAGUUAGCUAGCUUGCUUAACAAUAUGGUCAGACUAGCAACAUUAUCCAUAUUGAUACGGUUGUAUUGUCAAACUUAAUUGUCAUUUUUUUGGUUGAAAAGGUGAAAAAAAGUCAGUGGUAAAAUGUCACAACUCAGCAAAUCGGGUGACAACAUUUUCUCCGUUUCCCACUUUUACUUUUAAUUCCGACUUGGAGGGUCAUUCAAGUGAAAGUUCCCACUGGGAACUAGGAGCUUUCGCUAACUCUGAUAGCACGUGAACGCAGCAUUAAUUACCAUGAAGUGCUUAGCUAUCAAUGCAUUAUGAAUGGGAAAAUAGAUUUAACUUUGACUUUGACUGAAUAGAAUUCAUACAUAGACCCUUCAUGCGUGCGUUAUAAACCAGUAUGGCCAAUUUAGGUCUAAUUAUGAUGUGAAGCAGGGCUGUUACAGUUCUUUUUCACUUUGGUGCAAUUUUCACAAGUAUGUGGUACAUUUUCACAACUCUAAGCAAAAAUCUAAGCAUCAAAAUGGUUUCAAAACUAAGCACAUUUUUAUUUGCUGAGUACAGCAAACAAAUCCACAAAGUCACUUGUUCACUGCACCAAAUCACUCUUUCAAUUUGGAUACAUAUUCAAUCAAAAUAUCUACUUUUCAAAAUGAACUUUACUUUUGAUAUGAUUUUCUUGUAAUUUGUUAACAAUAUAAUCGACUAUCACUUAAUCAAACUACUCAAAACGAAUAACUACUGAACCAAAUGAUGUAGUGUCUAGUUAAAUUAUAUAGUUUAUUAACUGCUGAACACUGUACAAUUCUAUCAAUGUAUAAGUUGGACAUUAAGUUAUGUUGGAAUGUAGAACCAAAUCAUAUAUGGAUGUGGCUGUAAAUACUCCUUCAUCAUUCUCCAUUGCUUCAAUAGGACAAAGUGGACAGAGUCACUAUGUGCUAUCCUUUGGAAUGAUAGUGUAGUGUACAAUGCACUGCUGAAAUCCUUGGGUUGUAUAUAACAAUAUAUUCCAUUCAUUAUAUACAUUUAUUUGAUACACUGUAGGCUGACAGGCAAUACUGUACUGUAUCAGUUGCAUAGAAAGGUGAUCUUGUAUAAUGUUGCAUGGGGCAGAAAUGUCAUACAAAACCAAUAUUUCUGAUGAUUUGUUCUACUGUAAAAGGAUAAUGAACUGUAAAACAUACAUAUUUCUCAACAUGCUCACAACCUGCCAUUUCAUACAAUUUUUUUUUUUUUUUUAAAUGUCAACUAAUCGUAAAAUACUGUAUGGAAAAUGAUACCAUCUACUAUUGUUUAUAUUCAGCACUUCAAAAAUAACAGUUUUGAAAUGUGUAUCAUGUAUUAUUUGCAAUUGGAUUCAAUUGGUAGUUAAAAUGACUUAAAUGGUGAGCCUUUCAUUAUUUGAUGUAUUGGUGACAAAACUAAAUGUUCUCAUGGUAUUUCACGGAAAACGUAGAUUUUUCAUGAAUGACUCAUGGGUGAAUGCACAAUCGAAGGUUCUGAACAUAAGAUUGGGGACAUUACACGUCUUAUCGGUUUUGUACUUAAGAGUUUUUAAAAUAUACCACUUACAUCCAAGUGAUUGGAAAUAAUUCUAAUGAGUUAUAUUUUGACCCUCAACUACGACCCUCAACUACAGGAAUUGGUGAGAAGAUGACAGUUAUAUUUACCCUGCUAGUGAAGUGCUGCGGGUUCACAACACCGCAGACGACAGCAACAGCCUGCCUACUUCUUGUAUCCGUGGUGAUACGUUAGGGUAAGUUCUGCAUUGGAAUAGCAGCCAUGGAAAGAAGCAUGAAUUUUGACGAGAUUCUUUCUCAUAUUGGGGGCUUUGGCAAGUUCCAGAAGAGCCUGUAUGUGUGGAUUUGCCUCCCCCAGAUCCUGCUGGCGUUCCACAUGCUGAUAUCCAUAUUCACAGGGGCCGUCCCCCCUCAUCUCUGUCGCUCCACCAACACCACCUGGCCCUUGACCGCCAGCUCAGACCCUCCCAAUUUCAACUUCAGCCUGGUGACUGGCCCAGACGGUGACCCAGGCCGGUCCUGCUCUGCCCCUGGGGGGAUCCCUGGCACCCCGCUGGCCCAGCUGAAUCACAGCAUUGCCCUGGCCCUUAGUGACAGCCACGCCACUGAGGGUUGCCAAGGGGGAUGGGAAUUCAGCAAGGAGACCUUCCACAGCACCGUGGCAACCGAGUGGGAUCUGGUGUGUGACCACGCUAAUCUAAACAAUGUUGGUUCCUCAAUCUACAUGUUUGGUCUUCUGGUUGGCGCUGUGCUGUUUGGUUUCUUAGCUGAUAAGUAUGGACGCAGGAACAUAAUCCUGGUUGGUUUGACUAUCCAGUCAACCUGUGGGGUCGGAGCUGCGUUUGCCCCAAAUUUCUACGUGUAUGUUUUCCUGCGCUUUGUUGUUGGAACCGCUAUUUCUGCUGUCAUCAUGAACGCAUUUGUUUUAGGCACAGAGUGGACAGGAUCAAAGCACCGCAUGCUAGCUGGGAUCAUCACCGACUACUUCUUUGGGUUUGGCUACAUCAUCUUGGCAGGCCUGGCCUACCUCAUCCGAGACUGGCGUAAACUCCAGCUGGCCAUCUCAGCACCAGGCUUCCUCUUCAUCUUCUACAUUUGGGUCCUACCAAAGUCAGCUCGGUGGCUGAUGGCCAACCAGAGGUACGAGGAGGCCAUGGAUCUGGUCAGGAAAGCAGCUCUGAUGAACGGCAAACCCCUGCGGGAGGACAUAGAGAUAUGUCAGGGGUACAAAGACAUGGUGAAGAUAGAGGAGAGGACAAAGCACACAGUCAUUGACCUGGUCCGAACUCCAAAAAUGAGGAGGAGCUCAUUGAUCAUGUUUUACCUGUGGUUUGUCAACGUGCUGGUCUACUAUGGCCUGUCCCUCAACAUCUCUGACUUUGGGAUGAGCAUCUACCUGACCCAGCUGAUCUUUGGCCUGGUGGAGAUGCCUGCUCGCACCAUCACUCUCUUCACCCUCAACCACUCCAGGAGGGUAUCCCAGAUAGCCUUCCUCGCUGUGGGAGGCCUAGCCUGCCUGCUCACUGUCUUCAUUCCCGAUGAUCUCUCCAUUAUUAGAACAAUCCUGGCCAUGGUGGGAAAGUUUGGGAUCACCGCCUCCCUGUCCAUAGUCUACGUCUAUUCAGCAGAGGUUUUCCCUACUGUCAUAAGGCAGAGUGGGAUCGGUAUGGGCUCCAUGUGUGCCCGGGCAGGGGGAGUCCUGGCCCCAAUCAUCUACCUGUUGAGGGGUGUCAGUAAGAAGGCUCCAAUGGUUCUGUUUGGCCUGUGUACUCUGCUAGGGGCAGCCCUCACCCUGCUGUUGCCUGAGACAGUCCACCAGCCCCUGGCUGACAACAUACAGGAUGUGGAGGGAUCCAGCAUCAGUGAGGACUCAGAGGAAGGGAACAUGAAACCAGACCUCUAUGAGGAAUGUCCAACAAGGAACCCAGACAUCAUAAACGGAAGAACUUAGAGUGGGACAAGCCACCAGUCCGCACCGGAUGACUUCUACGCGGAAAGACCAUUAGCCCAAGGAACUCGACUGUGCAUUGUAAGCUAUCUGCUAAGAGCGCUUGAACAUAGUUGUAGCUCGUAAAGCUAUUUCCUAUUUCGUACAUAAGACAAUGAUGUCACUUAACUGACAUGUUUAUACAGUUUUGCUUUAUAUUGCAAAAAUGUUAUUUUGUUGUGAAAAGAUGUACAGUAUAUAGAUUUUUUAUGGUGACUAUCAGUUCAUAUAUUGGUUGAUAAUGAAGUACAGUAGAAACAGUUCAUUUAUGCACCAAAUAUAAUUUCUUAGCUUCUGUAUUCAAUGAGUGUACAAAACAUUAGGAACACCUGCUCUUUCCAUGACAGACUGACCAGGUGAAUCCAGGUGAAAGCCGUAUUGAUGUCACCUGUUAAAACCACUUCAAUCGGUGUAGAUUAAGUGGAGGAGACAGGUCAAAGAAGGACUAUGAAGCUUUGAGACAAUUGAGACAUGGAUUGUGUAUGUGUGUCAUUCAGAGGUGAAUAGGCGAGACAAAAUAUUUCAGUGCCUUUGAACUGGGUAUGGUAGUAGGUGCCAUCCAGCCAAUUUGACACAACUGUGGGAAGCAUUGGACUCAACAUGGGCCAGCAUCCCUAUGGAACGCUUUUGACACCUUGGAGAGUCAUGGCCCUGACGAAUUAAGGAUGUUCUUAGGGGAAAAGGGGGAGCAAGUCAAUAUUAGGAUUAGGAUAUUAUAAUGUUUUGAACACUCAGUGUAUACUAUCAUGGACACACCUUUGUGUGGUUCGAAUAGCCUUGUGCUCUUUUUAUCCAAAUAUUUUUGCUGGUGCUUCCUGAACCGGAACUCACUCCCCCGUCUUCCCUGUCUGUUAUCUAGUAGGUCUAGUAGGUCUUCCUGAGUGCCUGUCCUAUCAGUUUACACACCCCUACAGCACCGCUCAUACCUAACAGGUUCACCUUGAGAUGUGAACUCAGUUCCAGCCAGCAAAUGCUUCAUCAUGCAUUGUGAUUUCCUAUAAAGACCCAAGUGUCCACACUGUGAAAGAGCAGAGAGAACCAAUUAUGCAAAAUAUCACACAUAUGCAAGUUGAAUAGGGAACCAUUUUUUCUAUUUGAUAAUAAACUCCGUGAAUUUUGUAUUUGACACUCCUAACUCUCACUUUUAGACGUGAAUGUGUUUGAAGUGGUUGAUCCAUGAUCAUGAUGAGUCUUUCUAUGCAGUAAGUUGGACUCGUUCUCCAGCACAGCAAGGCUGCUCUCCGGAGUGUUUGUCAGAUUACCAUGUUGAAAUACUAACCAUCUGCGUGCGACCUUCUACCGGCCAUGGAACCUCGAGGUCCCAGCGUCAACUCCAAGAUGACCCAGUCACAGGUCUCUAUAGGGUCAGCAGAUAUGCUGUGGCGAGCCCUAAUACAAGACAAGGAAGCCAUUGUACAAGAGAGGGAUGGAUGGACUGAAUGAUGAACCGUCAUGACAUUGCCCUCUCUUCAAACACGAAGUUUACAUUUCACAUUUCCAUUACGUUAUUAAUACUUCUGCUGAAGGCUUUCAUUCUGAACGGUUACACUAAGUGUAUGACGUAAAGCAGUGGAACGGCAGCACUAACAGCAGAGAAACGGAUCCUAGUUUGUGAUCUUCAACAUUGGGUGGAGCAGGAUAGAAAAACUAAUUUUAGGACUGUGGUUUGGGUUGGAACUUAUCAUUUGUUAUUACAGUGAAUGAUUUGACAGGUCUGAAUUGUUCCGUUGUCAUUGUAAGGCUUAAGAGAGAAAAGCCACAAAUUCUUGUUUUGGAUGAAAUACAGUGUUUGCCUUGCAGUCAUGUAGGCUAACCCACUGUAAUAUAUAUUAAGUAACAGGAGUCGGGGCUCGUUGUGUUACUGAUCACUGCCACUCUUUGGAGAAAAGUGGUACUUGCUUCUAUUCUGACAUCAGGUGCUGUAUACAGUAUAAGUACUGUAAGGAAGCACAAGCAUUAUGAUCACAGAUAUUCUGUUACAAUAUGUGCAUUACCUUUGUACUGUUCUGUGCAAUCAGCACUUUUAUACAUACAUAAUACAUACAUACGUAUGCGUUUCAGAUGUACAGAACCAAAGUACGACUGGAAAAUUGUAUCCACGCUGUGAGGGGGGAAAAAGAGGAAUUCAACGUAAUUUAUAUAAGAUAGUUCUGUUUACACAAUGUCCGCAAUGCUGCGUGUCAUUUCAAAAAGGCUUAUAGCCAAUGGUGAGGGGCAGCUAAGGGGUUGACUAGAUGCCAGUGCUAAUAGACCACCUCAUUGUGGGGAACAACUGCAGGUUCUGCGCUCUCUGACUGACUGAGUAGCUGGCACAGGCAUGUAGCAUGGCUGUCAAUGAUUCACUGCUCAUGGGGCAUUAGAAAACAACUGGCAUUUCAAUUAUUGCCAUUUCAAUUAUAACAGAGGAUUCUGAGAGGCAACAGCUGCAAGUACCCACUUGACCAUCCCCCCCACGACACUGACAUGCAGGGAGCUGUUCUACCCUUCUUUGUCUGUGAGAGCUUUGACUGAAUAUUUCAUGGUUUUAGUGGCAUUGUCGGUGGCAAUGCAUGUAUGUAAAGUAGGCCUACUGUCAUUGUAAAACGUGAUGUGAAAAGAUCCAUUGUUCGAAAUGACAGAGAAGCUAGUCUGAAACAAGGGUCAAACUGUAGGCUAACCUCUCCAUAGAUUAUCAUGCCCACACUGGCAUUUGCUCUGGUAUUAUGCUGAGUGUCACGACUUCCGCCGGAGUUGGUCCCUCUCCUUGUUCGUUCGGCGGUCGAAGUCACCAACUUUCUAGCCAUUGCUGAUCCUCUUUUCAUUUUCCUUUGGUCUUGUCUUGUAUCACACCUGGUUCCAAUCUCAUCAAUAACAUGUUGUGUAUUUAACCCUCUGUUCCCCCUCAUGUCCUUGUCGUGAUUGUUUGUUUGUAAGCUAUGUGUAAGUUAUGUUCUGGUGUGCCACGGGUUUUCUACCCACUUGUAUUAUUUUGUAUAUUUUGGUUUUCUGAAUUUUUGAGCAUUUAUUAAACUGCUCCGUUUAUACAAA